AUAUUAUUCCUAAAGCGAAAUCAACUUGGACUUUAGCAUUCAUAAGGCAUUACAAUCCUAAGUCUUUUCCAAUCGCUUGCUUUUAGGAUUGAGUCAAAAGACGCCUCAAGAUCACGCAAAACGAUGAUUGUGGGCAGUUGAAGCAACUGCGAACUGAAUCGAAGGACAGAGUAUGCUUGCGUACCCUAUUCCAACGACCACAGAGAUUUGACGCGACCGCACUGAAACUCACGAGAAGAAGCGGAUCGAAUUAUGGAAGUCGCUUGCUGCAGAAAUUGAAAUCAUCCACCAUGAGAUGUAAUGGAGCGUUUUCAUAUGCAUUCAUCAGAGUACGCUACGUGAAAGUGAUCAAGAAUAGACAAGCUUUGGAAGAAGCCUCACCUAAGAAGUUUCACGCGUCUUCCUCUUGGCCAGCUUAUCAUGCUAUCGAGAGCAAGCUUCUGAAUCAAGGAAAAGAUCUUGGAAGCUUGUUUCCGUCUGAAUAUUCUUAAGAUCAUAAUACGUGUCGCUUCAGAGAGUUCAACAUCUUUACCAACCGCUUCUAUAUCAAUGUUAACAGCGAAGACAGCGGCAGCUUCCAGGCAAUGGGCGGUCACGCAAAACCGUCAGCCAACACCGCAGUAGGCACGGUCGUUGGUUGAUGUGAAUGUCCGGCCACUAAGAGUGAAAUUAUUGCAACUCGUACUUCUGCGGAAUACCAUUGAACAACAAGCUGCGUACCCAGUAAUUUCACAGCGAACUCUGAGCACCAAAGUCCCCUCGAAAGCUAAUGUCGCGUUUCCUCGAGCAAAUACACGACCAACUACAAGAAGAAGAAAAGUGGACGUGCCAUGCGAUCAACUCUGGUUUCACAAUCCGUAAUCACUGUAGCCAAUGGAAAACUGCUAUAGCUGUUGACGCUGUUGUAAUCAGGUUUCGUUAGGUCAACUUGCCAAAGUGUCCAUGAAGAGCAGACC